AAAUACCCGGAUUGGGGGCAACUUUGUUGUGCUCAGGUUGGUGGAGCAGAGUCGCUUCAAUGUAACAAACUUUCUCUGUUCACAGCAUCCACUCUAAUCAGCUCAAAAAAUGAAAACCCUAAUUUCUGAAUCUCUUAUUCACCAAUUGAAUACUCAGUUCCCACCUCCAAAUUUUCUUUUCCACUUUCCAUCACUUUCUCGGAAAAAUCCACAAUUCCUCGACUAUCCCCACAGAAAAUGGCUUUGUUAUACCAAAGCCCUGACGUUCUGCUCUGCCACAGCUUCUGAUUCACCGAAUUAUGGCGGGUGGGACAAUCCUAGACUCGGUAAAGACUCGUUUCAAUUUGGUGAGUCAAAUCAGCUUCUCAAUCGUCUGAGUUCUUUAGGAAUUGAUGACAGAAAGUACGUGUUUAUGUAUUUGUUGGGUUUUGUAUGUGCUUUGACCAUUUCUAGGGUUAGGGUUUCUUCAAUUGUUGUGCUUCCAGUUUGUGUUCUUCUUUUUGGUGUUGGGUUUUCUAUUGGGUUUGUAAAUGGGGGACAAAUUAAUGAUUCAAGCUUAAUUGGGACUAAGAAAAAGCCAAAGAAUGAGAAUCUUAGGGUUUUAGUUGAAAAAUUGAGAAAUUUGGGGGAUUUUUUCAAAAAGUUGGAUGGUAAAGUUAGUAAUUUAAAGAAUGACAUAGAAAGAGGUAUCGAGUGUAAUCAAAUUACUGUUAGUGAUUUGAAAAACUAUGUAAAGGUCAUGGAUUUAAUUAGUUUAUCUGUUUUGAAUGCUGGAAGUGUUGUUGAAGCAUGUAUUGACAGUAUGUUAGCUGAGAACCAAGAGGUGGAACCAACUUUGAAUCAAAAGUCAAGCAGGAGAAAGAAAGAAUUGGGUGAAACUGGGCAUGAUCUGUUUCAAUUUAUUGGCAGUUUGUGUAAAGAAAAUCCGGUCUGUUCAAAACCUAAUAAAAUGAAAGAUAGUGUUAAGAAGGAUUCAAUGCAUUUAGAGGUGAAUGAUCAAAACCUUGGAAAUGUUUUAGCUCAGGCAGUUGAAAAAAAGGUUUUAGAUUCUCUGUCCAGUGGAAAUGUAAAAAAUGGGAGUGCUGGUCUUUCUGGAAGUUCUAAUAAUAAGCCUCAUAUUGGUUGGAAUGGAGCAGAAAACAUGGUCGAUGAAACUAGAAGAAUAAAUGUACUAGCAGAAAAUGAUAAAAUAUAUUUUGCGGAGAUAGAUGGUAGUGCUGAAAGAGUUUUUGAAAGUAAAGAGUUUAGUUACCGAAAUAACAAAACACGGUUUAUGAACAAUCACCAAAUCUCUCUGAAGAUGGGUCAUCAUAAUGAAGUUAAAAGAUGGGCAUCCCAUGAAAAUUUGCUUGAUUCUAUGGAUUUUAGUGCCAGUAUGCGAAUGAGAAAUGAAGAAUCUUUUGAGCAAGAGCAGAGACUUGAGAUGUCCAAUGGAAAUGGCAGACCUUAUGACAGAAGGAAGAAGAGUGAAAAAGAGAUUUAUAGAUCUCCUAUCAGGGAAGAAGAGAGGACAACUCAUGAUGGUGGUUCCUCUCUCGCUGAUCAUCACUCUACACAUGAAGGUGAGUUUGGUGCGUCUCCGUCUUCAUCUGUUUCAGAUGAUUUGGUGUUCAAUAGGUAUCUUGUGGAAGCUAACAUCCUUUUAAAACAAGCGCGGGAAUGUUUAAGGCAUAGAGGUGAUCAAGGACAUGCAGAGACUGUAUUAAACAAAUCUGCCAAAUUACUCUCUAGUGCCAUAGACAUGAAGCCCAUGAGUUUAUUGGCUGUGGGGCUGUUGGGAAACACUUAUCUUCUUCAUGGAGAAUUAAAACUAAAGAUCAGCCGGGAGUUGAGAGCCAUACUUGCGAAUAGUGAUCCCUUAUCAGUUGAGAAAUGGGGUAGAAUACCCCUAAAACAAGACGAACAGGAGAUGAGUAAAGAUAAAAUUGCAUCUGCUCUUGUUAAUGUUUGUGAAGAGUGUGAAGAACUCCUUGUUGCGGCUGGAAGAAAAUAUAGGUUGGCGUUGUCAAUUGAUGGAAAUGAUAUGAGAGCGCUGUAUAACUGGGGUCUUGCCCUCUCCUUCCGCGCACAGUUGAUUGCUGAAAUUGGACCAGAAGCGGCUUUUGAUGCUGACAAGGUGUUUUUGGCUGCGAUUGACAAAUUUGAUGCCAUGAUGUCCAAAAGCAAUGUUUAUGCACCUGAUGCUCUUUUCAGGUGGGGCGUGGCAUUACAACAAAGAUCUCACCUACGGCCAAGAAAAAAUAAAGAGAAGGUGAAGUUACUGCUGCAGGCAAAGAGGCUGUUUGAAGAUGCACUUGAAAUGGACUCGGACAAUCUCCCAGUAAGAGAAGCCUUAUCAUCAUGCAUAUCCGAGCUCAACUAUAGGAACCAUUAGUUAUUGUGCAAAAUGUUGAGGGAAUCCAGAGAGUCCAUUACUUAAUUUUCCCCUUCCUCUUUCUGUAUUUAUUGUUCUCCCCUCUAUCAUGUAUUUUGUUCAUGCUCUGCCCUAUUCUUGUCAAAUGCAGCACAAGUACGGUGGAUGGUUCCUGCUUGCCCGUGCUUAGUAUGAAAUGAAACCCACAUGUUCUACAAAUGUUAUGUUGGAUUUAGAUUUAGAAUAAUGUAGCAAAAAAAGCUUGAAAUACUGCUUUGUUUUGUUA